CCGAGCCUCUUCAGUUUAACCAAAAGCAGAACACUGUUUUUCCAACAAGCUCGAUCAUGGCUUCCUCUGCUUCUCUUUAUUCUCCAUCAUAUUUAGUGCUCCUUUUUACCUUUGUUGCCUGGUUUGCAGCUUUAGUUGACGCAGGAAACUUCAAUCAGGACGUGGACAUAAGUUGGGGUGAUGGCCGCGGAAAAAUUCUUAACAAUGGCCAACUUCUUACUCUUUCCCUUGACAAAAACUCUGGCUCUGGCUUCCAGUCUAAAAAAGAGUUCCUCUUUGGCAAAAUUGAUACGCAGAUAAAGCUCGUCCCGGGGAACUCUGCGGGCACCGUCACCGCUUACUAUUUGUCAUCCCAAGGCCCAGCGCAUGACGAGGUGGAUUUCGAGUUCCUGGGCAACCUGAGCGGCGACCCGUACGUCCUGCACACCAAUGUGUUCAGCCAAGGCAAAGGAAACAGAGAAGUUCAGUUCUAUCUCUGGUUCGAUCCCACCAAGGACUUCCACACCUAUUCAAUCUUAUGGAAUCCCAACCACAUCGUAUUGUCCGUGGACGGCAUUCCAAUCAGAGAAUUCAAGAACCUUGAGGCUACGAAUGGUGUGGCUUACCCGAAGAAGCAGCCCAUGAGACUGUAUGCGAGUCUUUGGGACGCCGAGGAUUGGGCUACGAGAGGAGGGCGGGUGAAGACGGAUUGGAGCCAGGCGCCUUUCACGGCCUCUUUCGGGAGCUUUAAUGCCGACGGGUGCGCGGGGAACGACGGGGCGUGUAACUCCAAGGGUUGGAUGAACCAGGAAAUGGGUAGCGGGGGGAUGAGCAGGCUGAGAUGGGUGCAGGAGAAUUAUAUGAUUUAUAAUUACUGUAGUGAUGUCCAGAGGUUUCCGCAGGGGCUUCCUCGUGAAUGUUCGGUUAAUUGAUUUGGUUUACUCGUGUUGUGAUGUCGAAGUCAUGCGUAGGUAUUUGUGAUAAAGCAGAUUUGUUGGAUUGCUGGAUUGAAUAUAGGUUUGUUUUCGGUUCAUAUGAAAUAUGAUGUGUAGUCUAGUAAGGAUAUUGUUUACUGUUUGUUCUUCGGGAACUUCUACAGU